AUGGCCAAUACAGAUGAACUCGCUUGCGUUUAUGCCGCCCUUAUCUUGGCAGAUGACCAAGUAGCAAUUACCGGUGACAAGAUUUCAACACUUCUCAAGGCAGCCAAUGUAUCUGUUGAGCCUUACUGGCCAGGUUUGUUUGCCAAGGCUUUGGACGGCCUAAACGUAAAAGAGUUGAUCAGCAACGUGGGCAGUGGUGCUGGGGCCGGACCAGUUGCUGUGUCUGGCGUAGCUCCUGCUGCUGUGGCCCCUGCUGCAGGUGGUGGAGAUGCCAAACCUGCUGCAGCUGAAGCAAAGAAAGAAGAGAAGAAGGAAGAGUCGGAGGAGUCGGAUGAGGACAUGGGCUUUGGACUGUUUGACUGA